UGUGGCCAGCCCCAGGGUACGCAAGCGGCGCACUCCCUUCCCCGUUUACGACAGACCGUAAAGUAGCGACUGCGGAAAGCGCCGGCCUGAGCCAGGCCACUAUGGGGAAAAUCGCGCUGCAGCUUAAAGCCACUCUGGAAAACGUCACUAAUCUCCGGCCCGUGGGGGAAGACUUCCGGUGGUACCUAAAGAUGAAAUGUGGCAACUGUGGUGAGAUUUCAGAGAAGUGGCAAUACAUUCGACUGAUGGACAGUGUGGCACUGAAGGGAGGCCGUGGCAGCGCUUCCAUGGUCCAGAAGUGCAAGCUGUGCGCAAGAGAAAACUCCAUUGAGAUUUUGAGCAGCACCAUCAGAUCUUAUAAUGCUGAAGACAAUGAGAAGUUCAAGACCAUAGUAGAGUUUGAGUGCCGGGGCCUUGAACCAGUUGACUUCCAGCCCCAGGCUGGGUUUGCUGCUGAGGGUGUGGAAUCGGGGACAGUCUUCAGUGACAUUAAUCUGCAGGAGAAGGACUGGACUGACUAUGAUGAAAAGGCUCAGGAGUCUGUGGGAAUUUACGAGGUCGCCCACCAGUUUGUGAAGUGCUGACCCCUCCACUGUCACACUUGCCUCUAAGAGCUGAGAAGGGACAGUGUGCCCCACGCAGCAGAGCCCACUGAGGCUGGUACCCUCAUCCCGCAUCUCCUGGCAGCUGUCCAAGCCCUCACAGUCUGCAUGCUGGGCUCUGUCACAGCAUCCCAAACCCCACCAAUAAAGCCGUUUGUGCUGUACUCAUGCAUGAAGGUGGCAUCAGGGAGCAGCCACUCCCUCCACAAAUAAGAAUUCAUGUUGGAGGUCUUUUACUGCUCCUGACACCUUCCACAGUGUGGACUCUUAUACCUGAUCCAGUUUGCAAAAUAUGAAGAGCACGCAGCUAAGGGCUCUCCAGCUCGCGGGGAAUGGGCAGGUUGAUCCACAGAACCAAAGGUGCUGAGGCCACUGGUAUGAAGCGCAGUCGAGCCUGUGGAAGGAUGCCAUAAACCCUGCGGCCCUGAGCCAAAACACUGCAUUGAUUAACCUGGCUCUUCAGAAAAUGCAGGCAUCUCUGUUAGCUGGUGUCGCUUCGUAUUACAGGGCCAGAAGGGACUGCAGAGGUCAGUAAUCUAGGCCAGGCAUGAAUUGCUCUAUAAAUAAAUUCCAGCUGGGUAGUCAUUA